UGAAAAUGCGUAAAUAAGGUUGACCGAAACAGAGGCAGGAGGUCCACCCGCGUGCUCCUUCCCUCCCUGUCUCGUGUGUCACCCGCAUCUGUGAACCAAAAUCCUCCAAAAUGAUGGGCGGAGGGCAGCCGAUUAUUGUUCUGAACCAGAACACCAAGAGGGAGAGCGGCCGCAAGGUUCAGCUGCAGAACAUCAAUGCCGGCAAGAUGAUCGCCGACGUGAUCCGCACUUGCCUUGGUCCGCGGUCCAUGCUGAAGAUGCUGAUGGACCCCAUGGGCGGCGUGGUGAUGACCAACGACGGGAAUGCCAUCCUGAGGGAGAUCACCGUCCAGCACCCAGCCGCCAAGCACAUGAUUGAGAUUGCCCGCACACAGGACGAGGAGGUCGGCGACGGCACAACCAGCGUGGUCAUCCUUGCCGGGGAGAUGCUGGCCGUGGCGGAGCAGUACUUGGAGCAGCGUAUGCACCCCCUGGUCAUCAUACAGGCCUACAGACAUGCCCUAGACCAUGCCCUCGAGGCCCUCAAGGACACUAUCAGCAUCCCCAUCGACCUCACCAAUGAGUCCCAGAUGAUAGACGUGAUCCAGUCCUGUAUUGGCACCAAGUUCCUGGGUCAGUAUGGCGGCCUGGCCUGUGCCAUGGCCAUCAAGGCGGUCCGCACGGUCACCACCACGGAGGACAGCGGACGGACGGAGAUUGAUGUGAAGAAGUGGGCCAGGAUUGAGAAGAUCCCCGGCGGGCCCAUUGAGGACAGCUGCGUGCUGGACGGCAUCAUGAUCAACAAGGACGUGACCCACGCCAAGAUGCGGCGGCACAUAGAGAAGCCCCGCGUCAUCCUGCUGGACUGCCCCCUGGAGUACAAGAAGGGGGAGAGCCAGACCUCCGUGGAGAUGUCCGCCGAGACUGACUUCACCAAGCUGCUCCAACUGGAGGAGGAGCACAUCAAGACCCUGUGCGCUGACCUCAUCGCCCUCCGCCCUGACCUCAUCAUCACCGAGAAGGGCGUGAGUGACCUAGCACAGCACUACCUGCUCAAGGCUGGCAUAACGUGUUUGCGACGCGUCAAGAAGUCCGACAACAACCGACUGGCCAGGGCGUGCGGGGCAACCAUUGUCAACCGAACCGAGGAGCUGAAGGAGUCCGACAUGGGCACCAAGGCAGGGCUCUUUGAGGUCAAGAAGAUCGGCGACGAGUACUUCUCCUUCCUGACGGGCUGCGAGGACCCCAAGGCAUGCACCGUGCUGCUCCGAGGGCCCAGCAAGGACAUCCUGAAUGAGGUGGAACGCAAUCUCCACGACGCACUGGGAGUGGCACGCAACCUGGCCCUGGAACCGCGCCUGGUGCCGGGAGGGGGUGCCGCGGACAUGGCAGUGGCGGCGCACCUCCAGAAGCGCGCCCAGAGUGUCACCGGCGUCAAGCAGUGGCCCUAUGUGGCACUGGCGCAGGCCUUGGAGGUCAUCCCGCGCACACUGGCCCAGAACUGCGGAGCCAACAUCAUCCGCGUGCUGACCGCCCUGCGCGCCAAGCAUGCCGGGGGCGCCCACAACUGGGGGGUGGACGGGGAGAGCGGAGAGCUGGCGGACAUGACCAAACUCAAGAUCUGGGAGCCCCUGGCCGUUAAGCAGCAGGUCUACAAGACAGCCGUGGAGACCGCUGUUAUGCUCCUGCGCAUUGAUGACAUUGUGUCCGGCUCAAAGAAGGUCAAGGAAGGCGGCGAGGGCGGCGGUGCUCCCCCCCAGCAGGACAUGAUGGGCCCCAUGGACUAGACACACACACACACACACACACACACACACACACACACACAUACAUACAUACAUAA